GUUGCGGACGGUAGGCUGCCACGCGUUUUGUACACCACCGCGCGUACAUGAGACACGUACGGAACACACGUCGUAAAACGCGAAUAUAUUAGCACUGCUACUAUUGUUGUUGUUGUUAUAAUUGCGUUACGUACACGGUUAGGCGCGCACGCCAUGGCGUACCAUGAGCGAUCGUUUUUCGUCUUGUUACGAUGCGUCUUAUCGAUCAUAACCAUUGCGGUUGCCACUGCGGGUGUGUUUAUCGACGGCGAUCCGAUGCGCGACGCGCGUUGCUUUGCCAAGUGUUACCGUCAAAUCGCCUCCGAACAGCCCAAAUGUUAUAGCCGUUGUCUGAACGAACGGUGGAUCAAGCCGGGCGAGUGUCCGGUCGCCGACCUUGACGGCGUUGCUUCGUUGGACCGGCCGUGUCUGGAGCAAUGCAGUUCCGACGACUUUUGUCACGCCGAGUACAAGUGCUGCCGGCACAGCUGCGGCAUAACUUGCCAGCCGCCGGUCGUCCGAGCCGACCAUCCAGGUCUACCGGACGUGCCGAACAUCGUCACUGUGUCGGAUUGCCGAAAAGCGCUGGCGGUCGAAUGGUCGUCGCCGGCGCCGGAGAUCGCGAGUGCCGGGCACGUGACGUACGUGCUUCAGGAACGGCACCAUGUGGGUAUCGAAUACGUGCCCGAGCGGAUGACGGCGUGGAUGACGGUGACCAGGACCGACAGGACUCGGGAACAGUUCAAGCAGCUCUACGCGCCCGGCCGUUGGUUCCAGUUCCGCGUGGCGGCCAUCAACGAGAACGGCACCAGGGGCUACUCGUCACCGUCUCAGCAGUUCUUCGUCCCGAUUGGCCGACAUAUCGAUCCACCCGGAUCUCCCAAGAACCUGAAGGUGUCAUCGUUGAAAUGGACCAAUGAAGAAUACCAGCAAUGCGUAUUGUCGUGGAAGCCGCCUGCCAGUUCCAUGCUGCCCGUACGAAAAUAUAAAGUGUUCGUUAGCGUUCGAGACGGAUCACACGUUUACUACAAAAGUCACGUAGUCCCGGCAGAUAUUUUAAGGUUUCCAAUCAAAAAGCUGAACCCAAAUUCAGUAUAUUUUCUUCAAGUGCAAGCCAUUAGCGAAUUCGGGAGAAAAAGAUUCACGAGUCAAAAGGCUUCGAUAACCCUGAAAACUAAAGGGAAAAAAAUGUUAAAUUCUAAAAAAAUCAUGGGACUGAAAGUUGUGAAUGUAAAAUAUGAUGACAGCAGUAAUUUAAUUAAUGUUAGAAUAUCUUGGAGACAAGUUAGUAUGACGGAAAAAAAAUUUCUUUAUACUUUGUCAUGGGCCGCUAAAGAUUGCGAAGAUGAAAGUAAAUUGUUAAUUAAAACUCAAAUGGCGUAUUUUGAUUUAUUUUCUUUGAAUCCUCGAUGUGAGUACUUAAUUACGGUUUCAACAAAACACAAUGGAUAUAAGUACGUGGGUUCUUUCAUUUUUUCUGCACCCACGCCCACUGAACAAUCUAAGUUACAAAAUGUAGAUAAUACUAAAGUGUUAGAGUUUUGAAAUAAAGAUAAAUGUUGAGAAAAUUUUUAUUUAUAGAAAACAUUGAAAAAACAUAAUUAACGAC